GAAGGAAGCUCUUGUGAGAUACAACUGGAGCUUAACGGGGACUUCGUUUCCCAAAGGAUCAGUGUCUAGAGCGGGUUUGCAAUCUUGUUCAUCAGUCUUGUGGAAUCGGACUGGCACGACCGGGUCCCUCUGUAGAAGUCUUAUGGACAAAUUGGACUUUUCUGCGUUGUGUUCGCGGCCUCUCAGCGAGAAGUCCGGCGCGUGCGUUGAGGACGUCGCUUCCAUCACUUCUGCUGUGCAGGACUUUCCCCUACCGCAAGUCCAGGAUGUGGACAGAUUCGAGAACGAAGUAAUGUCUUACGUCAAGCCGAAUCACGGCACAACAACACUGGGAUUCAUCUUCAAGUAUGGUGUGAUUAUUGCAGUCGACUCGAGGGCUAGCAUGGGCUCCUAUAUAUCUUCGCAGACAGUGAAGAAAGUCAUUGAGAUCAACCCGUACCUGUUGGGCACAAUGGCUGGUGGAGCGGCUGACUGCCAGUUCUGGCAGAGAAAUCUUGGCCAGCAGUGCCGAUUGUACGAGCUGAACAACGGCAAGCGGAUAUCCGUCAGGGCAGCAUCAAAGCUCCUAGCGAAUGUCAUGUUCAGCUACAAGGGAUACGGACUGUCGAUGGGAACUAUGGUGGCUGGCUAUGAUCCCACUGGCCCUGGACUGUAUUAUGUGGACAGCGACGGGCAGCGCACAAAGGGGCAAAUCUUCUCUGUGGGCUCUGGCAGCCUGUAUGCGUAUGGAGUGCUUGACAAUGGGUACAAGUGGGAUAUGGAUGUGGAGGAUGCAAUUGAGCUGGGCAGGCGUUCCAUCUAUCAUGCAACAUUCAGAGAUGCCGUCAGCGGUGGAACAGUCAGCGUGUACCAUGUCACAGCGGAUGGCUGGAAGAAGGUCAGAGGAGACGAUGUUGGAGAGCUGCACUAUGAGUACUACCCGACUCCUGAGGCCCAUCCUUGCCAUCGUGCUGAUCCCCUAGAGACAGCCUGAUCAGGGAGCACUUGAUGGCAUGAUGCUGCCUGCAGAUGGUGCAGCCUCCUUGUACUCGUGUGCAAGCGUUUGCACAACAAUUGAGUGCACUUUAUUCAAUUAGCCAAAUACAUUCUUUGGCAUCGUGGGACAUUAGAGGGGUGAAUUUACACGAUUGGGAAUUCAUCCCGUGCAUGCCUUGCUGUAGUGGCCGUUGAAUCAAACAAUACGCUUUGACGAAGUCUGGCUGAACCAUGUAUAUGCCAUAUCACUUUGUUGGCAUCAUGUGCUAGCACGCUAAAGAGCGCUCAGCUACCGAACCGCAGGCUCAUGCCAUGUGUAACAUCCUUGAUCAAGUCAUGACUCAAUUGAUUUGCACAUGUUGCAUCUAUAAAACUAGCUUUUCAGGAAUGCUGUCAUGGUGCAAGCUUUAGAAGGCGUUAAUGCCAACAAGCAUAUUCUCAAAUGCACAUCAGUGACUAUGAGAUGGAGCGCUUGCAAUUGCUCAUCAAGGCUUGAGCCCGCCGGUAUGGCCAGUCUCUUGCAGGAUUCUGCAAGUAUUUUGUGCUGGACCUGGUACUUGACAAAAAUGAAGACCUGCUUCAGCCUCCUCGCACAUCUGGCUCAGUGCCCUGCAUGCACGCUCCACUCAAUAGAACAGCCUACGGAGCACGUCUGCAUCUGCAGAGGUCCAAUAUAUUACAGCUGGUUAAAGUGCAUGCUCUCAUCAAAUCAGGGUGGCAUUCCAAGUCCCAUUGUUCGCUUUGAAUCGGCCAACAGCUACAGCAAAAGCACCUUUGACUUCUCAGGUUAAGGCUGGCAAGAGCUAGAUAGCCCUUACAAUGCCUGCAUACUCAGCUUUAGAACACCCUGGUGCAAAAGAACCCUAUGUGUGGACAAUAUUCUUGGAGCAUCCAAGGGCCUGCAAGUGUAUAGUGAAAAAAUCCGAGCUCUUCUGCCAAACUCCCCUUCUGUCAAUGGAGAUCACAAAUCGCAUCAAAUUGCGGUGUGUAUCCUGGGGGUCAUGAUUUCUCAGGUCAUGGCCGCAACUGUACCAGAUAGAGCUACUACAGACGGUCAGCAUCCUCAUAAUGAGGCUGCCAUAUGUUACAGACUGCUCAUUGGCCUCCAAUUUGUUCGAGAACGCAGUCAAUGACAUCAUUGUCCUCCAUGCUGUGUUCACCAGGGGUGAGGUUUGGGGCCAGCCUCUGUCCAUCGUACAAGAACCUUAUGGCAGCCACAUCUACAGAUCUCUUGGCAGCAUAGGCCUCCAUGAUUUUCUGAAAUUUCGUGUGAGUCUUGACCUUGAAAUGAACCUCAGUGUCAUUCUGGUCCUUGACCACCAAAUUUAUCACAUUCCCAUUCUCGACCUUGGGUUUCGUCUCAGCGUUUUGAUCCGCCAUUAUCUGUAGGGCGCACUUUCUGAAGGACAGAAGAAGUGAGGGCUGUGCAAACGGCAAGCCAGGAACCUAGAUCAAAGCUGCACUCCUCAAGUAAAAGUACUCUUUCUGCUUUCUAACGAAGCUGC